GGCUGAAGAGGGAAACCGAAGAACAAAUUGCCUCCACGUCGGUUUUCUUUCCCUCCCCCGUUUCCUUCCCCAACCGAGUGAAAUCGACGAAAACUCUGACCACGUCGGAUUUUUUUUCUUCCUCGUUGAUUUCUUCAGCUAGAGUUACCUCCUUCGCAUCGCUCCCGCCAGAAAAUCCAGCCAAUUAAUUCAGCAAUCAAAGGACCGGAGCAAAGCCAUCAGGCAACAGCGGUGCAUUUUAGAGUCCAUCACCGACGUCACCGACAUCAACGCCGUCAUCGAGCAGGCCGAGAAGGCUGACCGCGUUUACACUGUCGAUAACCCUGACCCAAAUCUCCUUGUUAAUCUGGAUUUGGAUGGGGUAUUGUCGGUGGAGGAGAUGAGGGAGGAGGAGAGGGAAGAGGAGGCUCUACACGCUGGCAGUCUCCAAGUUCCUCGAAGACCUCAGGUCACUAUUGCAACAGCAAUGAUGUUAUGCCAUCGCUUUUAUCUCCAUCAGUCUCACAGAAGGAAUGAAUGGCAGGCUUCGAACCACACUCUGCCUGCAAUAUGAACCCAGUUACAUUGUAGCCGGGUCUCUUUAUCUUGCUGCUAAGCAUCACAAUAUGAAACUUCCAACAUGGGAUGGUUGCAUUUGGUGGCAAUUGUUGGAAAUCGUGCCAAAACAGUUAGAUGAGAUACUUCAACAAAUGAUGGAGUUAUUGGGUUACAAGAAAAGACCUUUGGUAUCUCCUGCACUCGAGAAGCCAAAGGUAAUCCAACCUCCAAUUGCGUCUGCGGAGAAGGCAGAGGAGCCAUCAAGCAGCCCAGAGUCUUGUGUAUUGAGCAGAGAUGGGUCUUCAAAUAGAAGCCCUAGUCAUGAGUUUAGUGAGGAAGCUAGCUCAGCAAGACUCGUAGAAUUGAAGAAAAAUAGGGAAGCUCAAUGCGAGCUGAGAAAUUCUGAAAGCCCGGAUGGUGUUGUUGAGGAUUGCAGAGAGGAGCAUGUCCUUAAUAAGAUCAACGUGGACAGAAUCAAAGCAUUGAUGAAGAGGCAAAAGAGGAAAACAGAAGUUAAUAACAAGUGUAUACAAGCUUUGGACGAUUCAAGUGAAGAACCUUGGAUUCAAAGAGAGUUGGAAGCUGGAAUAGAGUUGGAAACCAAGAGGCAAAGACAAGUUUGAGAUUUUGUAGGGAGAUUGAAGUUGUUACUGCAGAUACCAUGAAAUUAUUAUGAAUGGAUCUGAACUUUGGUGGAUUAUUUUAAGCGCUGCUGUUAUUAAAAGUUAUGGCUGCAGUAGCUAAAAUGAGCCCAGAAUGUGUUCAGUUGUACAGAAUGGCAUUGUUCAAGCUCUAUAAAUCAUUCAAUUAUAAAUGUAAUGGUUUCCAUCCCUUUCUCACAAAGUUCUGUGAGGAUAGUUGUAUGUACGCGUUCAAUUUUUCUUUUGAUAAAUGUGUACACGUUCAAUUGUAGAUUCUUUUAUAGCUCAAGCUCUGUAAAUCAUUCAGUUAUGGGUGAAAUCAUAUCAUUAAUU